AUGGCUCCGAAGGACACCUUCUUCCGCUCGUCGGAUAUGAGCUUGACCCAGCUCUAUAUCGCGAAUGAAAUCGGACGAGAAGUCGUCAGUGCUCUGGGAGAGCUUGGCCAGGUCCAAUUCAGAGAUCUCAACCCCGAAACCAAUGCUUUCCAACGGACUUUCACGAAGGAGAUUCGCCGCCUCGAUAAUGUGGAGAGACAGCUGCGCUACUUCCACUCCCAGAUGGACAAGGCCGGCAUCCCCAUGAGGUCUUCGUCUGAAUUCUCGGACACCCUGGCGGCUCCUCUGGCUUCUGAAAUCGACGAGCUCGCGGAACGGAGCGAAAGCCUCGAGCAACGCAUCGCCUCCCUGAACGACAGUUACGAGACCUUGAAGAAACGUGAGGUGGAGUUGACCGAGUGGCGCUGGGUGCUUAGGGAAGCUGGUGGUUUCUUCGACCGGGCACACAGUCACACGGAGGAAAUCCGCCAGUCCUUUGACAAUGACGAAGCUCCUCUUCUCCACGAUGUCGAACAGCAGACUCACCGCGGCACGAACGGCGACGCGCAUGGCCAGCAAUCGUUCCUUGAGAUGAACAUCGGGUUCGUGUCCGGUGUCAUUCCCCGGGACCGCAUUGGCGCCUUCGAGCGCAUCCUGUGGCGUACCCUGCGUGGUAACCUUUACAUGAACCAGUCCGAGAUCCCCGAGGCCAUCAUCGACCCGACCAACAACGAGGAAUCCCACAAGAACGUCUUCGUGAUCUUCGCCCACGGAAAGAGCAUCAUCGCUAAGAUCAGGAAGAUCUCUGAGUCUCUUGGUGCCUCCCUCUACAGCGUCGACGAGAACAGCGAGUUGAGACGCGAUCAGAUCCAUGAGGUGAACACCCGCCUCGGCGAUGUGGGCAAUGUCUUGCGUAACACCAAGAAUACCCUCGACGCGGAGCUCACCCAGAUCGCUCGCUCGCUUGCGGCGUGGAUGAUCAUUGUCAAGAAAGAGAAGGCUGUCUACGAUACGCUCAACAAGUUCUCCUACGAUCAGGCGAGAAAGACCCUCAUUGCGGAAGCGUGGUGUCCCACCAAUUCGCUGGCCUUGAUCAAGUCGACCUUGCAAGAUGUCAACGACCGUGCUGGGCUGAGCGUGCCUACUAUCGUCAACCAAAUCCGGACCAACAAGACCCCUCCCACCUACGUUCGGACCAACAAGUUCACCGAAGCCUUCCAGACUAUCGUCAAUGCCUACGGUAUCCCGAAGUACUCGGAAGUCAACCCCGGAUUGUACACAGUUGUCACGUUCCCCUUCCUGUUCGCCGUCAUGUUUGGUGAUUUCGGUCACGGUGUCCUGAUGUUCUUGGCUGCUUCCGCUAUGAUCUUCUGGGAACGCAAACUGCAAAAGACCAAGUUGGACGAGCUGACGUACAUGGCCUUCUACGGUCGUUACAUUAUGCUCAUGAUGGGUCUCUUCUCCAUGUACACCGGCUUGAUCUACAACGAUAUCUUCUCCAAGUCGUUUACCAUUUUCCCCAGUCAGUGGCAGUGGCCGGAUGAUAUCAAGCCGGGGCAGGCGGUUGAGGCUUCUUUGAAGGGAAGCUAUCGCUACACUUUUGGUCUUGAUUGGAAUUGGCACGAGGCCGAGAACUCUCUCCUGUUCUCGAACAGUAUGAAGAUGAAAAUGAGUAUCUGUCUUGGUUGGGCUCACAUGACUUACGCUCUUUGCCUGCAAUAUGUCAACGCUCGGCACUUCAAGUCGAAGGUUGACAUCAUUGGUAACUUCAUUCCCGGCAUGAUCUUCUUCCAGUCCAUCUUCGGCUACCUCGUCCUCACUAUCAUCUACAAGUGGUCUGUUGACUGGCAUGCCAUCGGCAAAUCCCCUCCGGGUCUUCUGAACAUGCUUAUCUUCAUGUUCCUUUCCCCCGGUACCGUUGAAGAACAGCUCUACCCAGGCCAGGCCGGUGUGCAGGUUGUUUUGCUCCUCCUUGCGGUCGCUCAAGUGCCAGUCAUGCUCUUCUUCAAGCCCUUCUACCUCCGCUGGGAACACAACAGCGCCCGCGCCCACGGCUACCGCGGCCUCGGCGAAGAAUCCCGAGUCAGCGCCCUCGACGACAGCGAGCUAGACGGGCGGCCCCGCGACAGUGUCGCCAGCGACGGCGAAGGCGUGGCCAUGAUCGCGCAGGACCUCGGCGACGAGGAGCACGAGGAGUUCGACUUCUCCGAGAUCAUGAUCCACCAGGUCAUCCACACCAUCGAAUUCUGUCUGAACUGUAUCUCCCACACCGCCUCCUACCUGCGUCUGUGGGCCCUGUCUCUCGCCCACCAGCAGCUCUCCAUCGUCCUCUGGGACAUGACCCUCGGCGGCGCCUUCGAGCAGGAAUCCCCCGCCAUCCGCGUCAUCAUGAUCGUCGUCACCUUCUACCUCUGGUUCACCCUCACCAUCGCCAUCCUCUGUGUCAUGGAGGGCACCAGUGCCAUGCUUCAUUCCCUCCGUCUGCACUGGGUUGAGGCCAUGAGCAAGCAUUUCAUGGGUGAGGGCUUGCCUUUCGUCCCCUUCAGUUUCAAGACCCUCCUUGAAGAGGAUCCUGUCGAUUAGUCUAGUCUAGUCUUUUCUUGUAUCGUACAGUCUUCUCUUUUCUUUCUCUUUCUGUUUCUGUUUCUUGAGAAAGAACUUUUGGAUUAGCCAUGAAUGUUCCUAGGAACCAGACCGAAACUUGUUAUUUAUUUAUUCUAUUCCCUGUGGGAAUCAAGAAUAAAUAAAAUCUAGAUCUGAGUGGUGUCGCUUAUCCAUUUUUCUUCUCUUUUUCUUUUUUGGCUGUGCGAAUAGAUGAACAGGGAAUAUAUAUAAUAUCCGG